GUGCAAAGGAACAGUGUGCACAACAGUGAUACUUACUUCUCUCUGACUUCAACCUCGGGUGAGUCUAUCUUCUCCACGAAUAGAUUGAGGGGAAACUCGGGAGAGAGCAGGAAGGAAAGGGAAGCUUUGGAAUCCAGCGAGGGCAUCCCUGCUGUCAAAGCUACAGCCUGAGUGAGUGAGCACACCAGAGAGAAUAUGCCUGUUCCUCCACCCCCACCAGCACCCCCUCCUCCAACCUUUGCUUUGGCAAAUACUGAGAAACCAUCCCUGUCCAGAACUGAGCAACACGGGAGAAAUGCUUUACUCUCAGAUAUCUCCAAAGGCGCCCGCCUAAAAAAAACUGUCACCAAUGACCGCAGUGCUCCUGUAUUUGAAAAGCCCAAAGGUGGAGGUGGAGGUGGUGGUGGUGGUGGUGGUUUAGGAGGCGGAGCACCAGGUGGACUUGGGGGACUGUUCCAGGGUGGGAUGCCAAGACUAAAAUCUGCAGGAGGUGGCUCUGCCAGGCCACCUAUGCCACCCACCGGUGGGAGAUUUCCAGCACCAAGUGGAGGAGCUCCCUCUCGUUUCCCUGACCCUUCUUCUGGGCGAUCAAACAUGAGCAGGGGCAAUACUCCACCUGUGCCUUCCCCUAUGUCUGCCUCUCCACGUAGUUCACAUCCUGGUGGCCCUCCACCUUUACCAGGAAGUCGAUUCCCAAGCUCCCAUUCUACACCACCAACACAGCCGGGUCGGCGCCCCAGCUUUCCAGUAAAUCCUGCUCCCCCUAGCCACCAAACAUCUUUUCCACCGCCACCUGUUCCGUCUAGCACCCGUCCAUCUCCUAACACAUUUUCCUCUGGAUCCUCAAAUGAUUUUCCCCCUCCACCACCGGCAGGAGGAAACAGGUCAUCGCUACCACCACCUCCUGUUCCCUCAGGUGCCCGGCCACAUUUUUCCGCAGGCAGCUCAAAUGAUUUUCCCCCACCACCUCCACCGGCAGGAGGAAACAGGUCAACAUUACCACCACCUCCUGUUCCUUCAAGUGCCCGGCCACACUAUUCCGCAGGCAGCUCUGAUGAUUUCCCCCCUCCACCGCCACCAGCAGGAGGAAACAGGUCAACAUUACCACCACCUCCUGUUCCUUCUAGUGCCCGGCCACACUAUUCUGCAGGCAGCUCUGAUGAUUUCCCCCCUCCACCACCAUCCACAGGUGGACAUAGGCAAUCUUUUUCGUUACCUCCAGUUCCCCCUAGUAGCCACCCUCCACUUCCUACAUCUGCUUCUAUGUCGGAUGAUUUUCCUCCUCCACCACCAUCCCUAGGAGGAAGUAGAAAAUCAUUUUCUGGUGAUGCAUCUCCACUGCCACCACCACCCCCAUCAGGAAAUAAACCAGGGCAAAGAUCUAUGGGUGGUGCCCCACCACCACUCCCUUCAGGAAGAGGAGACCUGCCGCCACUACCUCCUACACCAGCAAAGGAGCCGGUCAAUACAACUCCUCAAAGAAAUUCUUUCAGUACCCCACCACCUGUCCCACGGCCUGGGGGGGGUGCUCCACCACCACCUCCACCCAGUUCAAGACCCCCACAAGCAGGAAGAGCCUCAUCUAUACGAUCUAGCCCUCUUCCACCUCCACCUCCAGGGGACAGUAGAGGAAGUUCUGGACCUGCACCUCCUCCUAAUCACCCUAGUGGUAGUAGAGGAGCUGGCAGACCUCCCCCUCCUCCAGAUAAGCCUGGGGCAGGAGGGUUCCCUCCUCCCCCUCCCCAUUCCAUGGGCAAUGGCUACCAGAGCUCACCUCAAAACAGCACAGAUGACUGGGAAAUGAGGUUUUCCUUCCAUUCAAUUUCUGAGCUGCCUCCACCUGACCCUUACAUUCCCAGUGCUAAGAUAUACCCCAGCAAGGCUGGGAAGACUGAUCUCAGAGGAUCAUUACCGAGGGAAAGAGGAGCUCCUCCAUUGCCUCCAAUACCCAGAUAAACAAAAAUUACUCAUGUGCGACUGCUGUAUUACUAUUCAUCUCGCACAGCCUCCAAUUUCUUUUCCAAAUGUUGCUGAGUAUAUAAGUCCACAUAUGAGAGACUCUCUGUCUCUCUCUCUCUCUCUCUCUCUCUCUCUUUCUUUCUUUCUCUCUCUCUCUCUCUCUCUCUCUCUCUCUCUCUCUCACACACACACACACACACACACAAAUAAAU